AUGCAAGUAAAAUUUCUAAAACAAAUAUCAGAUUCAGUGAAUGGUGAAGCACAAAUUUCAGCUGUUUGUUUUUCACCAAAUGGUCAAAAAUUAGCUAUAUGUAUUGACCGUGUUGUACAAUUAUACGAUGAAACAGGUGAAUUACGUGAUCGUUUUGCAACAAAACCAAUAGAUUCUAAAUAUGGUCGACAAUCUUAUGUUGUUACAGCAAUGGAUUUUUCACCUGAAAGCACUCAAUUAGCUGUAGCACAAUCAGAUAAUAUUGUAUUUGUAUAUAAAUUAGGUUCUGAUUGGAAUGAAAAAAAAUCUAUUGUAGCUAAAUUUGUACAAUCAGCUCAUGUUACAUCAUUAAUAUGGUUACCUGAUGGUCAAAUUAUAUUUGGUUUAGCUGAUGGAAAAAUACGUUCAGGAAAUGUUAAAAAAAAUAAAUCUCAUACAUUAUUUACAGCUGAACAAUAUACUGUAGUAUUAACAGCAAAUGUUUCACGUAAAGCUAUUUUAUCAGGCCAUGCGGAUGGAAGUAUUUGUCGAUUUAUAAUUGAAGAUGAAGGUACAGGUGAUAAAUCAGGUUUAGUUGUACGACAUUCAUGUCCACCAUGUGCACUUGUUUGGAGUGCACAUGGAAUACUUGUUGGAGGAUGUGAUCGACGUGUUGUCAUUUAUAGUAAAGAUGGUAAAAUUUUACAACAAUUUGACUAUAGUCGAGAGCCAAAUGAACGUGAAUUUAGUACUGGUAUUUGUAAUCCAACAGGUCAAGAAUGUGUUUUUGGUUCAUAUGAUCAUAUACGUCUUUAUUCAUAUCAAGCAAGAAAAGGCAUGUUUGAUGAAGCGCCAAUGAAAGAAAUUAAAAAUAUGUAUACAGUUACAGCAAUGGCUUGGCGUUCAGAUGGUGCACGUUUUGCUGUUGCUAAUUUAACUGGUGGUACAUUUUUAUUUAAUUGUUCAUUAAAAAAAUCAAGUAUGAAAGGAAAAUAUGCAAUUAACUUUGUUUCAUUAUCUCAAGUACUUAUUGAGAAUAAAUCAAAUGGAAAACGAACAGAUUUAGUAUCACGUAGUGGUUUUGAAAUAGUUGAUGUUAAAAUAAUGGGACGUGAUCGUUAUGCUGUUGGUUAUACAACUCAUACACUUAUAUUAGUUGAUUUAGAAGAUGAAAAACGUCGUUGUGAAGUUCAUUGGCAAUCGGCUGGUGAUGAAAAAUUUUCAUUUGAUAAUGAAAAUGUUUGUAUGAUAUUUGCUAAUGGAGAAUUAACUUUAAUUGAAUAUACACCUAGUGGAAGGCAUGGUGAUAAUAUAUUAUGUUCUGUUCGAACAGAAUUUCUUAGUCCAAAUUUAAUUAGUGUACGUGUUGAAGAACGAAAUUUACAAGGAAAUAAAAAAAUGGCUUAUUUACUUGAUAGUCGUACAAUUGCAAUAGUUGAUUUGAUGUCAACAAGUGGCGCCGCUGUUAUUGAUCAAGUUAAUCAUGAUGCAAAUAUUAAUUGGUUAGCAUUAAAUGAAACAAGUCGAUAUUUAUUAUUUCGAGAUAAAAAUCUUAAAUUAUAUUUAUAUAACCUUCUGACAAGAUCAAAAACCUGUAUACUAUCAUUUUGUAUUUAUGCACAAUGGAUACCAGAUAGUGAUGUUGUUGUUGGCCAAUCUCAAGAUAAUCUCUCUGUUUGGUAUAAUAUUGAACAUCCUGAAUCUUGUGAUAUAAAACCAAUUAAAGGUGAUGUUAUUGAAAUAAGUAAAGAACCAUCAAAAAAUCGAACUUAUGUUAAAUUAAAUGACAAUGGUGUUCAAUCAACAUUUGAACUUGAUUCAAAUAAAAUUGAAUUUAAUACAGCUAUUAAUGAUGAAGAUUUUCGUCGUGCUGUUGCUUAUCUAGAUGCUUGUGGUUCAUCAGAUGAAACAUCAAAUGCUUUAUGGGAAACAUUAGCACAUUUAGCAUAUGACAAACAAGAAUAUAUUAUAGCUGAACAAGCUUAUACAGCAACAAGACAAAUGGCUAAAGCACGUUUUCUUCAUUCAAUAAAUCAAUUAGCAAGAGAAAAAAAUGGUUCAUAUGAUCAUUAUGAAGUUCGAGCUAAAUUAGCUAUAUUUGAACGACAAUUAAAAACAGCUGAAUCAAUUUAUUUAGAAAAUGGUGAUGUUGAUAAAGCUAUUGAUAUGUAUCGUUCAAUGCAUCAUUGGGAUGAAGCUAUAGCUGUUGCUGAUCGUAAACGACAUCCACAAGCUGAUGAAAUUCGUUCAACAUAUUAUAAAUGGUUAAUUGAUACAAAACAAAUAGCACGUGCUGCUGAUUGGAAAUUAAAACAACAUGAAGAUGAAGAAGCUAUUGCAUUAUAUAUGCAAGCUAAUUUACCAUCAAAAUCAGCACAAAUUCUUAUGCAAAAUGCACAAUUAAUGCGUGAUAGUGAACUUGUUACACGUAUAGCUAUUAGUUUAGUUAAAGCAAAUAUGUUUGAAUUAGCUGGAGAUCUUUAUGAACAUGUACAAGAAUUUCCUAAAGCAUUAAGUUGUUAUGAAGCUGGAAAAUGUUUUCGUAAAGCUGUUAAAUUAGCACGUAAAACAACUCCAAAAGAUGUUGUUGCACUUGAAAGCAAAUGGGGUGAUCAUAUGGCUGAACAAAUGCAAUAUCUCGAAGCUGUAACACAUUUUAUUGAGGCAGGUGAAAAUAUGAAAGCUGUACAAGCAGCUAUACUCGGUCGUCAAUGGUCACGUGCAUUGGAAAUUCUUGAACAACAAAGAGAUGACAAUGAUCCAGAUGUUGCCAAAUAUUAUAAACAACUUGCUCAUCAUUUUGCUCAAAUUCAAGAAUUUGAUAAAGCUGAACGUUGUUAUUUGAAAGCGCAAUGUCCAGGUGAAUCUGUUGAAAUGUAUAAUCGUGCUGCAAAAUGGGAACAAGCAUUUCGUCUUGCAAAACAAUAUAUGAAUAAAGAUGAAGUCACUAAACUAUAUUCUAAUCAAGCUAAAGAACUUGAAGCUAAAGGACGUUAUAAAGAAGCUGAAAAAUUAUAUAUUACUAUUAAUGAUAAUGCAGCAGCUAUUCUUAUGUAUAAACGUACGAAAAAUUAUGAUGCUUUAAUACGUCUUGUUCGUCAAUAUUAUCCAGAUAAAAUGAAAGAUACUGAAAUAACAAUUGCUAAAGAACUUGAACAAGAAAAACGAUAUAAAGAAGCUGAAAUGCAUUAUGUUCAAGCUGGUGAUUGGAAAUCAGCUGCAAAUAUGUAUCGUUUAUUAGAUAACUGGGAUGAUGCAUAUCGUAUUGCACGACAACAUGGAGGUCCAGUUCCAGCUCAACAAGUAGCAUUCUUCUGGGCGAAAAAGUUAGGUGGUGAUUCAGGUGUUAAACUUCUCAAUAAAUUAGGUCAUGCCGAACAAUCACUUGAAUUAGCAUGUGAACAACAUGCAUUUGAAUUUGCAUUUGAUAUAGCACGACUUCUUCUCAAAGAAAAACUUCCUGAAGUUCAUUAUAAAUAUGCACUUCAUCUAGAAGAUGAACGUCGUUAUCUUGAAGCCGAAGCUGAAUUUCUUAAAGCUAAAAAACCAAGAGAUGCUGUUCUUAUGUAUGUCCAAAUUAAAGAUUGGGAUCGAGCUCAAAGAAUUGCACAAGCAAAUGAUAAAGCUUUAUUAAAUGACGUACUUAUUGGUCAAGCAAAACAAGCAUUUGAUAACAAUGAUUUUCCAAAAGCUGAAAGUUAUCUUUUACAAGCUCAACGACCUGAUCUUGCUGUUAAAUUAUAUAAAGAUAAUGGUUUAACUCAAGAUGCAUUACGUGUAUGUCAAGAAUAUAUGCCAAAUAAACUUGAUGAUUUACGUGAAGAAUUAGCUCGUAGUGGAGGAAUGACUGAUAAUAGAAUGAAUACUAGUUCUGGACAUCGACCAACAACAUCAUAUAAUAAUGAUGGUAUUCUUGAACAAGCUGCACGUUGUGAAGCUCAAGGUGAAUAUCAACGUGCUGUUGAAUUAUAUUUACGUUUAAUGCCUCAACAAGAUAUACCAAAAGAAACACUUGUUAAAGCUUAUUUAAAAGCAAGUGAUUUAGCAAGAAAAUUUCUACCUGAAAAUAAAGCUCAACAUGUUGUACGAACAAUUGGUCCACGUCUUGUUCAAAUUGGUCAUCCAAAUCAAGCAGCCGAACAAUAUUUACAUGUUGAAUUACAUAAAGAAGCUGUUGAAGCAUUUAUUGCUGGUAAACAAUGGGAAAAAGCUAAAAAAUUAGCAUUAGAAAUUGAUCCACAACUAGCUAAAUAUGUUGAUAGUCUCUAUAAGAAACAUUUGAAAGAUCGUGGAGAUGCUAAAGGAUUAAUUGAUGUUGAUGUUACAGCUGCAUUAGAUUUAUUUGUUGAAAAAAAUCAAUGGGAAGAAUGUUUUGUUGAAGCACAAAAACAUGGUCCAUUAGUUUUACAUAGUUAUUUAGCAAAAUAUGCUGCACAAAUGAUACAAUCAAAUCGUGCUGAAUUAGCUGCUAAUGUUUAUAAACAAUAUGGAGCUAUAGCUAUACCACAAAAUUUAAAAAUUUAUAAAGCAUUAUUUUAUCGUAUGUUAAGAAUUGAUUCAUUAAAACAUGAUAAUUAUUCAAAAUGGGCUGAUGUACGUGAUGUUUUACAUGAUGUUUUUGAAAAUAUGAGUUCAUCAUCAUCAGCAUCAGCAGGUGGUAUACAAAAAGAAAUUGAAGAACAACGACCAACAUUUGAAAUUCUUCUUUGGGUUGCUCAUAUGAAUGCAAUGCGUGCUGCAUGUUCCGAACAUGAACAACUUGAUAUAAUAACAGCUAAACUUUCAAUAUCACUUCUUCGUCAUUCAGAUAUUUUACCAGUUGAUCGAGCAUUUUAUGAAGCUGGUAUAAUGUGUCGAAAAGUUAGUUGGAAUGAAAUGUCAAUGGUAUUUCUUAAUCGUUAUUUGGAUGUUGUUGAUGCAAUUGAAGAACAUAAUCCUGAACUGUUAGCAACAUCAGAUUUUGUUGAAACAGAUAUACCAUAUGAAAUUGAAUUACCUGAUCAACCAUUUUUACCACCUGAACAACAUGAAAAAAUAAAAGAACAUGUUUUAGCACUUUCAAUGAAACAAACAGUAAAACCUGCACUUCGUCGUGAUUCUCGUAAUUGUAUUGAAUUUUCAUUAAUUAAUUCUGAAACAAAUGAACGCUCACCUCCUUGUCUAAUUACUGGCUAUCCAGUAUUGAAUGAUUGUGUCAUUUUUGAUCGAUAUAAUUUAAUGGCAAAUAAAGAGGAUUGGAAUAAAUUUGUUUUGUCGGCGAAAUCAAUUCGACGUGAAACAUUGCAAGAUUGUUUGAAGUUUCUUGCAAAAUGGACAGGAACACAACCCAAUGUCAAAAAAGUUCUUCGAAAAUCCCAUUUGAUAUCUGUAAUCAUUAUAAUACUUGUCGAACUUGCAUUCUUAAUUGCUGUUGUUAGUUGUUGUAGUAUUCAAUCAAAAAACAUUCAAGGUCAAAUUUUAGCUGUUCUUCUAAUUGUUCUUUCUUUUCUUGCUCUUAUGACACUCAUCUAUUUUUUACUCGAAGAUAUACUUAAAGAACGAAUUCAACCAUAUCCAAAUGAUACAACUAUUUCGAAAUCAUUUGAAGUACAAGAAACCAAACCAGCUAGUCGACAUGAAUCACCAAUACCAGCACCUAUUGAUAAUACGGCAAUACCAGUAGCUAUACCGUCUAUACUUCCAUCAUUUCCUCGAAUACCAACUCCACCAUUACCACGUCCAUCUUCUCCACCAGAAAAACCUGUAAUUCCAUCACCUGAACGACUUGCAACUCCACCAUUACCACUUAUAUCUUCUCCACCAGAAAAACCUGUAUCACCAUUGCCGGCAAAACCUUUGACUCCACUUUCUGUAAAAAAUCUUCCUCAACUGGAAGAACAAUUUCUACCAUAUAAUAGCAGUUUUGAAAAUCUUCGUCGAGACUUGUUAGAAGCUAUUGAAGAACGAACAAUUCCAGCACUUGAAGAAGCUAUUCAACAAGUUAAAGACCAUAAUUGUAUUCAACAACUAAAAUAUGAAUGUGAACGAGCAUUAGAAUUAUUAAAUCGUUUAAUGAAAAUUGAACAUAUGAAAAUUAAAGUACUUCGACUAAAUCAAUCAACAAUUGCUGAAUUACAUAGUUAUACAAAACCACCAGAUGAAGUUUCAACAGUGAUGCGUGCUACAUUCUUACUUCUUGGACAUUCAGAACGAGAAAUACAAGAUUGGCCACAAAUUCAAAAUAUAUUAGGUCGUUUUGGAAGAGAGAGUGUACGUCGUCGAUGUUAUGAAUUAAAUCCACUUAGUAUACCUGUUGAUAAAGCACGUGAAGCAAAAGAUAUAUUAAGAAAUUAUGAUUUAAUACGCGUUACUGAAAUAUCUGUUGGUUUAUCAGCAUUUUUUAAUUGGGUAAAUUAA